AACAACAACUGCUCCGCCGGAUCAACUACUCAACCUCCUGAAACAACAACUGGUCCACCAGGAUCAACUACUCAACCUCCUGAAACAACAACUGGUCCACCAGGAUCAACUACUCAACCUCCUGAAACAACAACUGGUCCACCAGGAUCAACUACUCAACCUCCUGAAACAACAACUGGUCCACCAGGAUCAACUACUCAACCUCCUGAAACAACGACUGGUCAACCAGGAUCAACUACUCAACCUCCUGAAACAACAACUGGUCCACCAGUAUCAACUACUCAACCUCCUGAAACAACAACUGCCCCACCGGGAUCAACUACUCAACCUCCUGAAACAACAACUGCUCCACCGGGAUCAACUACUCAACCUCCUGAAACAACAACUGGUCCACCAGGAUCAACUACUCAACCUCCUGAAACAACAACUGGUCCACCAGGAUCAACUACUCAACCUCCUGAAACAACAACUGGUCCACCAGGAUCAACUACUCAACCUCCUGAAACAACAACUGGUCCACCAGGAUCAACUACUCAACCUCCUGAAACAACAACUGGUCCACCAGGAUCAACUACUCAAACUCCUGAAACAACAACUGCCCCACCAAGAUCAACUACCCAACCUCCUGAGACAACAACUACUCAACCUCCUGAAACAACAACUGCUCCGCCGGGAUCAACUACUCAACCUCCUGAAACAACAACUGCCCAACCAGGAUCAACUACUCAACCUCCUGAAAAAACAACUGGUCCACCAGGAUCAACAUCUCAACCUCCUGAAACAACAACUGGUCCACCAGAAUCAACUACUCAACCUCCUGAAACAACGACUGGUCAACCAGGAUCAACUACUCAACCUCCUGAAACAACAACUGGUCCACCAGUAUCAACUACUCAACCUCCUGAAACAACAACUGCCCCACCGGGAUCAACUACUCAACCUCCUGAAACAACAACUGCUCCACCGGGAUCAACUACUCAACCUCCUGAAACAACAACUGGUCCACCAGGAUCAACUACUCAACCUCCUGAAACAACAACUGGUCCACCAGGAUCAACUACUCAACCUCCUGAAACAACAACUGGUCCACCAGGAUCAACUACUCAACCUCCUGAAACAACAACUGGUCCACCAGGAUCAACUACUCAACCUCCUGAAACAACAACUGGUCCACCAGGAUCAACUACUCAAACUCCUGAAACAACAACUGCCCCACCAAGAUCAACUACCCAACCUCCUGAGACAACAACUACUCAACCUCCUGAAGCAACAACUGCUCCGCCGGGAUCAACUACUCAACCUCCUGAAACAACAACUGCCCCACCAGGAUCAACUACUCAACCUCCUGAAAAAACAACUGGUCCACCAGGAUCAACAUCUCAACCUCCUGAAACAACAACUGGUCCACCAGAAUCAACUACUCAACCUCCUGAAACAACAACUGGUCCACCAGGAUCAACUACUCAACCUCCUGAAACAACAACUGGUCCACCAGAAUCAACUAUUCAACCCCUGAAUCAACAACUGCCCCACCGGGAUCAACCACUCAACCUCCUGAGACAACAACUACUCAACCUCCUGAAACGACAACUGCUCCGCCGGGAUCAACUACUCAACCUCCUGAAACAACAACUGCCCCACCAGGAUCAACUACUCUACCUCCUGAAACAACAACUGGUCCACCAGGAUCAACUACUCAACCUCCUGAAACAACAACUGCCCCACCAGGACCAACUACUCAACCUCCUGAAACAACAACUGCCCCACCAGGAUCAACUACUCAACCUCCUGAAACAACAACUGGUCCACCACAAUCAACUUCUCAACCUCCUGAAACAACAACUGGUCCACCAGAAUCAACUACUCAACCUCCUGAAACAACAACUGGUCCACCAGAAUCCACUACUCAACCUCCUGAAACAACAACUGCCCCACCAGGAUCAACUACUCAACCUCCUGAGACAACAACUGCCCCACCAGGAUCAACUACUCUACCUCCUGAAACAACAACUGGUCCACCAGGAUCAACUACUCAACCUCCUGAAACAACAACUGCCCCACCAGGACCAACUACUCAACCUCCUGAAACAACAACUGCUCCGCCGGAAUCAACUACUCAACCUCCUGAAACAACAACUGCCCCACCAGGAUCAACUACUCAACCUCCUGAAACAACAACUGGUCCACCAGAAUCAACUUCUCAACCUCCUGAAACAACAACUGGUCCACCAGAAUCAACUACUCAACCUCCUGAAACAACAACUGGUCCACCAGAAUCAACUACUCAACCUCCUGAAACAACAACUGGUCCACCAGGAUCAACUACUCAACCUCCUGAGACAACAACUACUCAAACUCCUGAAACAACAUCUGCUCCGCCGGGAUCAACUACUCAACCUCCUGAAACAACAACUGCCCCACCACGAUCAACUACUCUACCUCCUGAAACAACAACUGGUCCACCAGGAUCAAGUACUCAACCUCCUGAAACAACAACUGCCCCACCAGGAUCAACUACUCAACCUCCUGAAACAACAACUGGUCCACCAGGAUCAACUACUCAACCUCCUGAAACAACGACUGAUCAACUACUCAACCUCCUGA